AUGGCGGCGCCGGAGUCGAGAGCCAGGAAAGUUUUUAUUCAUCCUGUGGUGCUUUUUUCUAUCGUAGAUGGCUAUGAACGGCGUUCAGAAGAUGCUAAAAGAGUGAUAGGAACUCUUCUUGGAUCAGUGGAUAAGACGUCGGUAGAAAUUCGAAGUUCUUUCGGCGUCCCACACAAUGAGUCGGAAGACGAGGUGAUAAAAGUUUUUUUUUUUUUUGGCAAAGAUGUUUAACAAGCUUCUUUUAUAAUUAGAGUCUCAAAUUCGGUAAAAUCCAGUGAAAACAAAGGUAAUAAGGGCAAAAUUUUUUACUGCAGGCACCAUGCUUAUAAUCUAAGGAAAAGACAACACACAAGUAUUGAUUAGAAAACCAACGAUUUGUCUCAUAUAAUUGUUGUAUGUACAUGUGGUGCCUUAAUCGAAUUGUUGUGCGUUGCUUUUGUUUGUAGAUCCAUGCAUUACCGAAAAUCCUUGGCCCUUUGAAAAUUGAACUUUAUUUGAUGGCCAAUAAUAAUUGACAAAGUUGCAAUAUUCACAUUUUUGCAACCCGGUUUAAACACAAGGGUUAUUUGGACACCCUGUUUUUAAUUGAUUCCCCAUGUUUGUCAAUAAAUUAUACGUCACUGAUAAGUUGUCACAGGGAUACAAACUUCUUUAUAUCUGAAAACUGGAGGUAAAUCAAUCCACCCCACUCCCGAUACUUGCACAUAGUUAUCCCAAUGCAAGAUAGUUCAUGAGCUGUUUGAACAGAUGACAAUUUUCUUAAUGGAUAGCUCAGGCUGUACAAUUGGAUACCCAUUUUGCUCAAAACUGCUGAUAAACGCCUUAAGAAUAGCUAUCUGUUUAAAAAUUGCAAACCGUUAGGAAUGUUUUCACAUGAAAGAUCACAUGAAUUGUUAUUAUUUCUGCUUAUUAUUAUUGUUGUUGUGGACAAUGAUGUUACCAAAGAGCCAGUUCUUACACUGUUUUAGUGACCAAAAAUUCUUUGCAAAUGCCAAAGGAUCGAAAGCAUUUUCCAUCCAACUGUAAAUGGUGAAUUUGGCAAUUUCUUAAAGUGGUUAUUCAGCUUUAUUUAUGUCUUGAGAUGCUGAGGGUUGACUGGGAAGAGAAGCUUGAUCAAAGAGAAGAAAGAGAUUGGACCAAAUGAUUGCAAUCUCAAAUUUUGACUCCUUUAUGUCCAGUUACUGCAACUGGCAGCUGGAUCAGCUACAAGAAGGUGCAACAGGAGAAACUGACAUUUAUUUUGCAAGCUGUUACACAGUACACGUUUAACCAUCUGGCAAGAUAGCAAGAGCCACGAAGAAGAUAAUGUAGCUGAUAGUAGCAGACAGUACUUUCAUCUGGGCUUAUGGUUAACGAGAAAAAUAAAGAGGACACAUACUGUUGUCCUCUCACCUGUGCAACAUUACUUUAAGAUGAUACUGUGUAACUUGUUAUUUCAUGUUUUUGUUAUUUCUGCAGGUAAGUGUACAGUGUACCUCUUAGGUAAACUAAUUUUUGUUGUUGCCUUUUUUCAGGUUGCCAUUGAAUUAGAAUAUGCGAAGAGUAUGUUCGAUCUUCAUAAGAAGUCACAUCCAAAUGAUGAAAUAGUGGGCUGGUAAGGAACUGCUACUAGGCCUUUUGCAAUACUUGGUCAUGUGAUCAACUUUCUGUUAACAUGAAAACAUUUCUGUUUGGAAAAUUAAUCAUAUUAGGAGGGACUGAAAGAGCAUGUGAAAUUAGGUAACCUUUAAAUUUUUAGCAGUAUAAUUAUCUCAAAAGUAAUGAUUGUAACGGCCUUCAUAAUUUAAAAGGAUUUGUAUGGGGAAAACAACUCUUGCCACACACUCAUGGCUGAGUGGUUUUCAAUGCAAAUCCUUGUGAAUUUACUCCCUUAUGCAUUAGUUUGUAGGGCUAAAAUUGUCCGUGAUCAACAAAAAAAAUUGAGCCUGAUAAUGCUUAAGGGAAGAUUUUACAACAGUAUGAAAUUUUCAGAAUUUCAUUUGUGAUUUCGAUUAAUAGACCUUAAAUUGCAACUGUUUGCAAAGAAAUCACGUGAUUUGUCUCAUACAAGUAAUUAUUGAACUUUUCUUGAUGCAUGCCUUGAUAAUGUGGCAUACAUGUACAUGUAAUUCCCCCUUUUUUGCACCACACUAAAAGCUCUGACUUUAUGGAAGUCUGACAUACGCUGUAAAUUUUGGUUUUACAUGUACCUGGUGUUAUAGCUGUGUUUGACAUAAUGCAGAUAGGAGUGAGUUGUUGCAGUGUAUCAACAGUCUCUGAUUGAUUGAACAGAUCUUAGGGCACAUUUCUGGCAUUGCCACUAUUGAGUCAGGAUUGAGAUUUAGAUCAGUUAAACAUCAUCCAACUCUCUGGAAGUCUCUAGAGAGUCACUCAAGAGAAAUAGCAAGUUUUCGCUCUUUUAAAAGGAUAUUGAAAAGUCAACUUUCUAAGUAAAUAGUUUUAGACUUUGAAUUUUAUUAUCAUUAUUGUUAUGAUUUUGACAUGAAAAAGUCAGCUCUUUAAAGUAAAUUGUUCUUAGGCCUUGAAGUUUAUUGUAAAUACCUCACGUAGUUUUAUUUUCCAAAACUCACCACUUUUUCAAGUAGUAAAAAUCGUAUUGUGUGUGUGCCUGAGUCUGAAUCCAUGUGAUUGGUACUAGGAAUGGGUAAUGUUUCAGUGUGAUGAUGUGAGGUAUGUCACAUUAGUUGAACUUCAGCUCAUUUUCAUGGCAAUUGGUGAACUUGCAUCUCGUUAGAGACACUUAGAAAUUGAGCAAAGUAAUAUCAAGAGGAGGCCUGUCAAAUGGAACGACUCAUACAAGUCGUGCAACCGGUGAAAUCUUGCAUCUCAUUAGUGACACUUAGAAAUUGAGAGCACAAGUCAUACAACUGGUAAAAUUAGCGUGUAAACAAGAACGUGUACAAGUUGAAAUUUUAGCACUGAAUUUGCAAUAUACUACAUGUAAGUUCAAACGUGCACUUAAAUCCAAAACAAGCUCAUAUAGUAGUUAUCUUGACUUUUAAGUACUGAUGACUGUAUCUUUCAGUAUUGUGGCAUUGAAUUUUGGGUGUAUCGUCUCAAGUGUCAGUUUGGUCACAUCGUCAUGAUUGUGAUCACGUGUAACAAAUUUAAACUUAAUAAGAAGAGGAGUCAUUAUCGGGGAAUAAAAUCAUUGCUCGCUUUCUUGGGUGUUCUUCCUGUAGAAGUGUACAAGCUACAAGUGUAUCUAAAUUAGUAGGAAUCCCAGUUAGUUUGGCUGCAAUAUAUUCCUUUUCAAUGGCUCAUUUUUGAGGUUACAUAUUUAUUUUAAAAUUUUUUUCACUAGUUUUGUUAGCGCACAAUUUCCAUUUACAUCAUAAACUGGAAAACUAAAACAUUAUGUACAGUCAGAAUGUGAAACAAGCUUUUUUAAAGUUGGCUGAGUUAGAGUUUAUUUCGCAGUGUUAGUUGUGGGUGAGGACAAAACAUGGACCAGGGGUCCAUGGACCCCCUCUUUGGACCAGUCCAUGGACCCCCUGUCAUGGACCAGGUCCAUGGACAGUUUUUUUUUUGGUCAGUGUAAAACGCAGACUGCAGACUGCAGACUGCGGACCAGGGGUAAAAUGCAGACUGUGGGUAAAAUGCAGACUGCAGACUAAGAGUAAAACGCAGGCUGGGGUAAAAUGCAGACCGAGCAUAAACUGUAGUCGUGGAAGGGUUUAAGGGCAAAAAAAUCCCGCAAAUACAUGUAACUGAACACUUACUUUACGACAUCUGCUUUCACAAAUCCAUUCCUUUCUUCUCUGGAACAUUGUCAAACGACCCGAAAACAAUCGCAAUCUUGAACCUUUUUUCCGUCCGAGAGACUUCACCCUUAGAAAAACAAGCUGGAGUUAAGAAUUCAUUGCUUUUAGAGCAAUCAUGACUGAGUCACAUCGCAAUUCUCCAUAGUUGAUGUAGCUUCAGUUUGUGCCACUUCUUCGUCUUGAAGAUCUGGAUCUGUAAAUCACUAUCCGUGAGAAUUUAUAAUCGUCCUGCUAAAAGCCCUAAGGAACUGGGCCCAGCAUGACAAAACGUUGCAGGAAAAAGUGACAUUCAUGGACAAAAAGAAAGUGGUUUAGAAUUAUUCAGAUCCAGGAUGCAGUUUGGAGAAAUUAAACAACCUAAAACCCUUUUGAUCAGCCGCAAUGAACAGCUUUACUUUUUAAAAGAGGUAGAAAAUCAAUAUGCGUGUCACGACCUCACGGUAUGAAAUAAGCAGCAAAAAUUCACAUUUGCUCAGUCAAAAGGUUUUCCUCCGAAGCAUAAUCUACCCAUCAGAGAAAACAGUUCAUUGGAACAAGCAGCAUUUUGCCAUGAGGUACCGACCCCCCCUCUUUUUUUACACUAUGUAAGCACAAUAAAAACAAUACUGAUCAAUCGAGCAUUGUUUGUUGUUAACCUUAUUUUUGCACUAUUUCUGUUUUUGUUCAUUUCACAUUAUUAAAAAAACUGUCUGUGGACCCGGUCCAUGACAGGGGGUCCAUGGACCCGGCCCAUGAAAGUGGUCUAUGGACCCGGUCCAAAGUGGGGGUCCGUGGACCCCUGGUCCAUGUUUUGUCCUCACCCGUUAGUUGUUAGUUACAGAGUGAUGAAAACCUUAAGAAUAUCAGAAAUACUUCUGGAACUGAAGUCUCAGGUAAAGGUAAACCAUUAGAUUAUGGUUCAUGGGUCUUUUUGUUCGACAGAUGUAUAGAUGACUUGUAUUAGCAGCUGUGAAGACUGCUUUGAAUUCAGAUCUUGCAAGUGCGCAAUAUAAUAGUCUGUUUUUUUGCUUAGAGCUCACUUCAGUGAGUUAUAAAUAAAGCCGCUAAUUCAUUUCCUUAUGGCGUUAUUAUAAAUUUGUAUGUGUUUUUGUUCAUAUGCUAACUGACUUUUUGUGUGAACAUAUAUGUUGUAGUUAAUUUUUCAUCUCACGUAAUUUUUGUUUUUCUUUUGUUUUUGGGUACAGUGUAUAUGAAGUUUAAACAAAAGAAAAGGGAAAAUUACCUGAGAUAAAAAAUUAACUUCAACAUAUAAUUAUUUUUGAGCCAUUUUGCAGCAUUAUACACCGAAUGUUUGUUACAUAAGAUACUAACAAGGAAUAUUCAUGGUGUAUGUGUUCUUAUUCACGUGCUAACUAGACGUUUUUGUGUGACAAAUAUUUUGAGCCCUAAAAUUGUAGUUUGAUGCAUCAAAUGUUUGUUGUGUAGUGUGCUUAUAGAACAAGGAAUAUUCAUGGUCUAUGCAUUCUUGUUCACGUGCUAACUAGAACUUUUUGUGAUUGUAAUAUUUUUAACCAUUUUGUAGUUUCAUGCAUGAUUCAGAUGUUUGUCGUUUAGUGUGCUUAUCGAACAAGGAAUAUUCAUGGUUUACAAGUAUGCGUUCCCAUUCAUGCGCGCCAAUUUCACCAGUUGUGCAACUCGUACCACUCGAAAGGCCCCCUUUUGACAACUCUGCUCUCAAUUUCAAAGUGCCGCUAAUGAGAUGCUAUUUUACCAGUUGCACCACUUGUACGAGUCAUACACUUGACAGGACCCCCCUGAUGACACUUUGCUCAAUAAUUCUAAGUGUCUCUAAUGAGAUGCUAUUUUACCAGUUGCACCAUUCAUACACUGUACGAUUUGAACCACUUGACAGGACCCUCCUCACGACAACUUCGCUCACAAAUUCUAAGUGUCUCUAAUGAGAUGCUAUUUCACCAGUUGUACUUGUACGACUCAUGCAAGUCAAACCACUUGACAGGACAACCUCUCUACAGUUGUCUAAUGAGAUGCAACCAUGUAAUAUACUUCACUUUACUCCACUCAAACAUAUCACAUUCGCCACUUGAACCAACUGCACAGAUUUGUACAACUAGAGUCCUGAUUUUACGACUUGAACAAAUGGUGAGUAUUGGACAUGUGUGCUAUAGUCACUCUUCAACCCUAGCAUUCAACCCUAUCAACUAAUUUUCUGAAAAUUAUAAUUAUCGUUGGAAUAAAUCAGUAAUUACUGAUAAAAUUAUAUUAUGUUUCUAAGGUAUGCUACUGGAUCAGAUGUCACCGAGCAUUCUUUACUUAUCCAUGAGUACUAUUCACGAGAAACAAGUAACCCUGUUCAUGUUACAGUAGACACAACACUAAAAGGUUCACGAAUGGGAGUCCGAGCUUACCAGAGGUAAUUCCAUCUCAGUGAUAACAAAAAAUUAUGUUGAAUCUAGUUGGAACUGUCACAGAGCUUGAAGAAAGGCCCUUUGCAGUUGCCUGGUGCAAGAACAAUCAUGUAGAGUACACGUAUCCUGCAAUGCAGCUGCUUAAUUUGCUUUGUUCAUGUAGUUAGUGCAAGCAACUUUUGAGAGCUUUCAAUUUUUUCUCUAGUCGUGACCUGCUCUUUCUGUUGCCUGAAGUUGAAAUGGAAAAAAAUUAGAAAUUCCCAAUAUUCAUACUGCUUUUAUUGGUAACUGUCAUUUGAAUGGCCACAUCACAGAAUUUAUCCACAGACUUUUAAAGUUACAAUGUAGCCACUCACAUUAGAGUAUAAUAAUUAGUUGGUUUUGAGAUGGCUUGUAAAGUCUUAACAUACUUAUUUUGUACUUAACUUACAUAGCUCUAAAAUGGGAGUUCCAGGAAAGACAGAAGGAACUAUCUUUUCACCCAUUCCUUGUGAUGUCAUUCUCAGUGGCCCAGAGAGAGUAGGAGGUGAGAUCAUACAAUUCACUGCAGUGGAAGUGAAUGGGAAAGGAUUAACUAGAAAAAUGCUUGUUUGCAUUGUUGACUUUUUAUCAGCCAUUGAUAACCAAUUUUUUUUUUAUUUUCAUUUCAAAAGUGCCAAAUCAAUGGAGAAUUUUACAUUGAUACACAUUAUACAUUGAUAUGGCAUUGUGUUAAAAGCGCAAAUUUUGUUUCGUUAUUAAAGUAAGCGAGACCAUUGUACAAAAUGAGAUUACCAGGAAGUGACUAAUCCUCAUCCUAAGAGGUAUAGUGUUGUUUGAUCUAUCUACCUAACUCCAGUAAAUUAGUUCUUACAUGGUAUCUCAAAGAACCAAAGACUUAAAAAACUUUUCUGUUUGAAGUUGCCUGCAUAGCAGUAAUAAUAAUUUGCAUUUUAUUUUAACCAAGCAGGAGAGAUGUUCACCCGUUCACUCACACACUUCCUGCACUUCCUCCUGCUUGGCUAAAAGGAAACGGAAACAACUGCAGAUCAUUAUAUGUUUCUGGGAAACUGCCCACCUACCGCUCCCCUAAGCCAACAUUAACACUCAAUUCUCACGUAGGGCAAAAUGUUGGCUUAGGGGAGGGGUAGGUGGGCAGUUUCCCAGAAAGGUAUAAUGAUCCACAACUGCUAUGACCGGGCUGUGUUUGUAACACUCUAACUAUUAAGUUCAAGUAGUCUGAUGUAACUGUAACAUAAUUUUUCUUGCUUUUGUAUCACAGUAAACUGGCUCCAGAAAACAAAGAACACAGCAAAACAGAGUAUAAGUCCUCUGUCAGAUGUGCAGCAUGUGAGCAGGUCAGUUUUUUCUCCCUUUAUGCACCAUGCAAGUUUUAAAUGAAAAAAAAAAAAAGAAAGAAAGGAAGAAAGAAAAGAAAAGGGUGAUCCACUAGAUUAGCCUUUGCUCCUUGGAUGAUCCCAACUCACUCCUUAUCUAGAGGCUACAGUUUUAUUCUUUACUUGUGUAAAUGAAUUGUCUUUUUUUCAAUCUGUGUCACAUGUACAUACGUGUCCAUGUAAACCGAGUUGAGUGAAAUAAAUCUUCUUGUCUUCUUGUCUGGUACAAUGUAGUUUCCUAGUUAGUAUCUUUGCAUGGUACAAAAUAUACAAAAGUUGCUUUUGUGUGGAUUGCACCACAAGUAAUGAUAACGUUGGACUGUACAUCCAAAGUGAACAGACAGACAAUCUGAGUCUGAAUUUAUAAGUGUGUGUGACAUCACACCACUCUAGGCAAUCUCCUAAUUAUAUGAUGGCUGGUUCAGUAUUAUUGGUUCAUUUGAUCUUGAGACGUUUUGCCGUAAAUACUACUGUUGAUCCCAAAUUAUGCUACACUGUAAGCCAGAUAGGUACUGAAAAAUAAUUACUUGAUAUCUUCAGUUUUACAUGGUCUCUUGUAGUUUGUUGUUCAGCCGUUUGACCUCAUCUGUUCAAAAAUUUUCUUUGUCUUUUCGGCCGUUCCGUUACGAACGGCUUGGCCGUCCGUUUCUCAUCCGUUUCCUUGUUUUUCAUUCAGUAGUUCGAACGGAUAUCGAAAGAAACGUUUCGUGUAAGAGGUCACAAUUUAUACCCUGACAGUACAGUCAAAUUGCUCCUUAUGGACACUCUCCUCAGCCGACAGCUCUACUUAUAUGUACCGCCGUCUUUUCAAAAUCUCCUUUGAACUCCCGCUUACAAAAACUAUCCCUGUUAGGGGCUAGCUCCACCUGUGCAUUUGUGGACACUUUUCUGGCACCCUAAGCUUCAACUGUUGUUUGAAUUGUGUUCCUGCUCUGCUUGUUUAAGGUAUUUGUUUUCUGUUACAGUGCAAGUGAAAGACUGUUGGAAAUGCUUGAUGCCGUCGUUUCAUAUGUUGACGAUGUUCUGGUGGGUUUCCCAAAAUCAGUACUAUAAAUAAGUUACCCUGUUGAUCACGCAGUUUUUGUCUCUUUUUUGUUUACUAUUGUUGUGGUUGUGGUUGUUUUUGUUUGUUUUUGUUUUUUAAGGGGAUAGUGUACUUUGUCAGCGUUGUAACGUCACUUGAUUAUAGCGAAGUUCUAAAUGUAAUUUUCAGUCUCGGUUGAAAUCCCACAUCUGUGCUUGAAAGCACUCAAAUGAGAGCUACUAAGCAGUACUUCCCAGUGAUCAUACUGCCUAUUAUGCUGUGCAAGGUGGAUGUAAUUUUUGAGUUAGAACAAAAUCUUAGAGUGCGACCAUUCAAAUGAAAGCUAUUGAGCAGUACUUUCCUGUGGUACGGUUUAUUAUGCUGUACAAGGUGUUUCCAACAUUUGAGUCUGUUGGUGAUAUCUUAAAGUGUGACCAUUCAAGUGAAAUCUAAUGAGCGAGAAAGCUACUGAAUAGUUCUUUUCCGUGGAACUGCUUCUCAUCACCGGUAACCCGCCAGUUACGAAAGGUAUUAAACAUAAAGGUAACAAAAAUAAUAGUCUGGUAAUCUGCCCACCCACCCUAUUGUCAACCCAACAUUUUGCCCAAAGUGAGAAGUUGGUGGCAACGUUAGAUUACAGAGGGAGGGGUAGGUGAGCAGAUUCCUAAAAUCUUACAUUUCUCUGUCUCUUUCCUCAGGCAGGAAAAGUCCCGGGAGACAACAGCGUUGGUAGAGAGCUUAUGGAUCUCGUUACCCAAGUUCCUCGCAUGUCUAAGGAAGAGUUUGAAUCCAUUCUCAACAGCAAUAUGCAGGUACGUUUGUAGAGGCAUACUUUGUAUACUAUACAUAAUAAAGCAAGCCUUUCACAGCAAAAAACAAAAAUGAUUUAAGAAAAAUGGUUCGGAAUUUCUUAUGUUGAAAAACUCGAAGGGAAAUUUCGUAUCUCCGCGCGGCCAUGUAUAUGUAACUGUAUGUUUACUAUGGGUGUAAGCCCCGUGAUAAGCUGGCGCUCUCGCUCCUUUUGGGAUAAAAGAAAAGGAACAACCAACAAACAAGGAAACAAGAAAAUAAGAAAAGUAGUCUGAACUUAGACGUGGGGCCGCUUAGGUGGGCCACUUAUGGUUACUCUGCGUACUAUGUACAUGUAGUUCUUGAUAAAAAAAAAAUUGAAAAGAAAAAAGCUGCUUUUUUUAUGAACUAGCAACGGGCCGUUUCUGAGAUUGCAGUGCGGUACCGAUUCUUGUCUCGAACAUCGCGGAAAUCGAGUGUCCAUUGUCAACAUAAUGUACUUACAUGUAUAGCGCACAGUAGCUACCUUUGGGGACAUGGUUUGACAUCCACGCUUAGAAUGUAAGUUUCUGAUAUGUAGUAUUUUAGUAGUGGACCUUUGCUGGGAACUCCGGAUUUCAGGUCCCUCUUCUUAAUACAUCGGCCACGUUACUAAAUUUAUUCUUUCAAAAACUCCUUUUUUAGGAUCUGCUGAUGAUCGUGUAUUUAUCUGGCCUGUGCAAGACGCAAAUUGCUCUUGGAGAAAAGCUUGCCACUGUGUUAUAGUUAAAUAAAUUUUAGAGCAACCAAUAAAUUAUAGAGAACUUCCUCCUGCCUUUGUAACUUUUCAUUAGACUCAAAGGCCACAAAGGUAACUUUUAGGCGGGGAGAAACGACAC